UGUCCUUUGACUUGUCUCUCUCUCCCUCUCUGUCUCUCUUCCCUGAGAUUUUUCAAAGCUUCGAACUUUCAACAAUAUCAUUAUUUUUAUUUUUGCAGAGACGAUCAAUCUCAUCUCUAAAAUCUUGAUUUCGUAAAAGAUGGCUAAUGAAAUUGAUUCAGCGACAGAUCCAGGUGAUACUAACAUCAAAGGAGUUCUUGUUCAUGGAGGAAGAUAUUUUCAGUACAAUGUCUAUGGAAACUUGUUCGAAGUCUCUAAUAAGUAUGUUCCUCCUAUUCGACCUAUUGGUAGAGGAGCUUAUGGCUUUGUCUGUGCUGCAGUAGAUUCAGAGACACACGAGGAAAUUGCGAUCAAGAAGAUAGGUAAAGCCUUUGACAAUAAAGUAGAUGCUAAGAGGACGUUGAGAGAGAUUAAGCUACUUCGUCAUUUGGAACAUGAGAAUGUUGUUGUUAUAAAAGAUAUCAUCAGACCACCAAAGAAGGAUGAUUUUGUAGAUGUUUAUAUAGUUUUUGAGUUGAUGGAUACUGAUCUUCAUCAGAUUAUUCGAUCAGACCAAUCUUUGAAUGAUGAUCAUUGUCAGUACUUCUUGUAUCAGAUUCUUCGUGGACUCAAAUAUAUUCAUUCAGCUAAUGUCUUACAUCGUGACCUCAAACCGAGUAACUUGCUUCUGAAUUCGAACUGUGAUCUCAAGAUUACUGACUUUGGUUUGGCAAGGACGACAUCUGAAACAGAGUUCAUGACAGAGUAUGUUGUAACUCGAUGGUACCGAGCACCAGAGCUGCUUCUUAAUAGUUCUGAGUACACUUCUGCAAUUGAUGUCUGGUCUGUUGGUUGCAUAUUUGCUGAAAUCAUGACAAGGGAACCUCUAUUCCCGGGAAAAGACUAUGUCCAUCAGCUUAAACUUAUAACCGAGUUGAUAGGAUCGCCUGAUGGAGCAAGCCUCGAGUUUUUAAGAAGCGAGAAUGCGAGAAAAUAUGUUAAGGAACUACCUAAGUACCCAAGGCAGAACUUUUCUACUAGAUUUCCUAGUAUGAGUUCUACAGCUAUCGAUCUACUAGAGAAAAUGCUUGUGUUUGAUCCAAAAAGCCGUAUCACGGUUGAGGAAGCACUGUGUCAUCCUUACUUGUCAGCUCUACAUGACCUUAACGAUGAGCCUGUUUGUUCCAAGCAAUUCAGUUUCGACUUUGAGGACCCGGCUUCUACUGAAGAAGAGAUAAAGGAGCUAGUAUGGCUCGAAUCUGUGAAGUUUAAUCCUCAUCCAACCAUUUGAAACAGAAUUCAAGAAGAGGGCAUGCAAAUAUUAUACUCUGAAAUUGAGCAAAGUGUAGUAGUUAAUGUCCAUUCUUUUAUCAGGUUACCUUUUACCUUAACUUUAAUUUCUCGUAAUACCAAUAUUAAAACAAAUAAAUUAGCAUUGAGUUUCUGUGUUUUACCAUAUCUUAUUUUAUAUGUAAACA